UCCCUUCACUGCUCACUUCUUCUCUCUCUCCCUCUCUCUCUCUCUUGUUUCCUCCAUUGCAAACAAAGCUAAACCAUUUUUUCACCAAACUUUUUUUUUUUUCUUCCCAUUAACCCAUUACUGUGUUAAUUUUUAUACACACACACACUUCCUUGUUCUAUUAUCAUUUUUUAGCUUUUAACCAUAACCCUGAAUCGAGUUCCUACUUCUGGGUUGGUGAAUUUUAGCUCUGUUUAGCUCAAAAUCUCCUCCAAUUCAUUAUUGGUAAAUCUAUGCCAAUUAAAGUUACUCUUGUUUUAUUUCACUAUCUUUCUUUCUCUGGUUUGCUUCUGAAACAGAUAAAAAAAAAAUAGAGCCUUUUUUUUCUUCAUCAUUGUUUCUUCUGUUCUGUUCUAAGAUGAAGAUAUAAAUCAAAAGGGCAAAGCUUUAGUCUCUCUCCCAACAUACUAAGGUAGUUAUAGUGAAGUGUUAAGAGAAGCAAAAAAAGAAGGUUUUUGGCAGCUAGAUACAGGACCAGAGAUGUCACCUGAGAGUUCGUUAAACGCUGAAAUGUCCAAGAAGAUAUCAUUUUUUGGUUUAAAGGGGUUGAAGUUGUGGGUAUGGGUAUGUUUGGUAGUUGGAGUAUUCAUAGUUAUGAUUCUCUGCAUCUUGUCUCUAUGGAUCACAUUCCGCCGGAAAUCUAGAAGAUCUUCAAGCAAGUUUCCUUUCAACCAAAUCCCACACGUGUCCAAAGAUAUCAGAGUCGACAGGGCUGGUGUUCAGAAUCCUCACCCUGAAAGUUUAUAUAUAGAAAUGAAUGAUAAAUCCACCGGAAAAACGAUGAUGUCUCACUUGGGAAGAACCAAGUCUAGCGAUAAUGAUACUUUGAGUCAGUGUAGCUCUGUCAAUCACCAUGAGAGAGCUUGUAGUUCUCAUUCUGGUGAAGAAGGAGGCUUUGGAAGUGCUGGCAGACUGUAUGGAGGAGGACCUGUAACAGCAUCUCCUUUGGUUGGUUUACCAGAAAUAUCCCAUCUUGGUUGGGGACACUGGUUUACUCUUAGGGAUCUUGAGCUAGCUACCAACCGUUUUGCUGCAGUGAAUGUGCUUGGAGAGGGUGGUUAUGGAGUAGUUUAUAGGGGUAAACUUGUUAAUGGUACCGAGGUUGCUGUGAAGAAGCUUCUGAACAAUCUAGGGCAAGCUGAGAAGGAAUUUCGGGUAGAAGUUGAGGCUAUUGGUCAUGUACGACACAAGAAUCUUGUUAGGCUUUUAGGAUAUUGCAUAGAGGGAGUUCAUCGGAUGCUUGUUUAUGAGUAUGUUAAUAGUGGUAACUUAGAACAAUGGCUACAUGGAGCAAUGCGGCAACAUGGAAAUCUCACUUGGGAGGCACGGAUUAAGAUCAUUACUGGUACUGCACAAGCGCUUGCUUACUUACAUGAAGCAAUAGAACCAAAAGUGGUCCACAGAGACAUAAGAGCAAGUAAUAUAUUGAUUGAUGAUGAGUUUAAUGCAAAACUCUCUGACUUUGGGUUAGCCAAGCUCUUGGACUCGGGUGAGAGUCACAUCACUACCAGAGUCAUGGGUACCUUUGGAUAUGUAGCACCAGAAUAUGCUAAUACAGGUCUGUUAAACGAAAAGAGUGAUAUAUAUAGCUUUGGUGUCUUGCUUCUUGAAGCUGUAACUGGACGAGAUCCAGUUGAUUAUGGACGUCCUGCUAAUGAGGUGAAUCUUGUUGAAUGGCUAAAGAUGAUGGUUGGAACAAGAAGAGCAGAGGAAGUUGUGGAUCCAAAACUUGAACCUCGACCUAGUAAAAGUGCUUUGAAACGUGCACUUUUGGUUUCCCUUAGAUGUGUUGAUCCUGAAGCAGAGAAACGUCCUAGAAUGAGUCAGAUAGCUCGGAUGCUUGAAUCCGAUGAACACACUUUUCACAAGGAGAGGAGGAACAGAAAGAGCAGAACCGCGAGCAUGGAGAUUGUUGAGACCAAAGACGAAUCUCUUGGACCUAGCGGUGCAGAGACUCACAUUACAAAGCCUGAGAAGACACAUGAAUAAGAAAUAGAUGAGGCGAAAAAGCCAUUAGACCCGGCUCAGUAGCAUAUUCAAGUCUUGAAAUGCUCUGUUUCUACUUAGCAACUAAUUGAUUGAUUGAUGAUCACACACGUUUGGUUGUGGAAAGUAGAAAUCUCACUCAGAUGAUCAAAAGAGCCUGUGGAUGACUGAUACAAAUCUUAGGAGGCAUUAUUAUUUUUCUUUUUCUAAUAUUUAUAUAUUUUUGGCUAAUUAUUCCUGUCUUCUUGUCUGUACGGAACGUUUGUCAGUCAAGGACAUGUGUUUAAGAUUUCUGUGACGUAAGAAAGAGAGAUGUCUUUGUAGUAAAUCUAAGGAUUGAUGAUGUUCAAUUACAAAAGAAAGAGACAAAACUAAGUUCAAUUAUAAUGGCUA